AUUCUCUCUCUCUCAUUCAUAUACAGCCGGAAAUAUUUGGAGCGAACUUUCCGACUACUGCGUAAAUGGCGGUCGCCGGAAUAUCUACCGGUUCUCGGAGUUUAUCUCACAAAAUCGUCUCCGUCGCUGCCGGAGAAGCUCAUACUCUUGUUCUAUCGGCGGACGGAAGUGUUUACGCUUGGGGAAAAGGAAGGCUUGGUCGACUUGGAACUGGGUCGGAGAACGACGAACCCUUUCCAGUCAGGGUUGGAUCAGAUUCGAACCUCAGAUUUGUCGAAGUAGCUGCUGGUGCUUAUCAUAGUCUUGCACUUGCAGAUGAUGGUUCAGUCUGGAGCUGGGGUUAUAAUAUCUAUGGCCAACUUGGUAUUGAUGGGGAGAAUGCUGGAAAACCCCGUUUAGUUGAACGGUUUCUUGAAUUGAGAUCUUCUAGUUUAACCGAAGAUGAACAUGGCCGAAGAAAACCAUUGAAAGUUUCUUUCAUUAAGGCUGGAGGAAUGAUGUCUUUAGCAAUUGAUGAUCUUGGUGGACUUUGGAUUUGGGGAAACUGUCCUCAACAAGGCGGUUCUAAUGAAGAAUCGUUUUCUCUUGUUAAAAGUUCGGUUCCAAUUCCGGUUUGGAAUUUCCAUGGUCAUACGGUUGUUAAAGUAGCAUGCGGAAACGAGCAUAUAGUCGCGUUGGUAAGUGCGGGCGAGAGUUAUAAGGCUGAUGAUCUUGUUUGUUAUUCUUGGGGUAAUAAUAACCAUGGUCAAUUAGGACUUGGAGAUCGAGAAAGUCGAUCGCGUCCUGAAAUCAUUCAAAAUUUUAACGAAGAUUCUUCGUGGGUGGUUUAUCAAGUUGCGUGUGGUGCAUUCCACACGGUUUUGCUCGGGUUGGAUAAGAGAUUGGGCGAUACAUUGGGUAGUAUAUGUUGGACUUUCGGUUUGGGAGAUAACGGGCAAUUAGGUCACGGGUCUAGUAGAAGUGCGAAUUUGCCCGAACCUGUUCAGGGUCUUCCGGAGGAGACCUUUUUGGUGUCAGUGGAUUGCGGGUUGUUUCACACGAGCGUGGUUUCGUCGUCUGGCGAUGUUUGGUCAUGGGGAAUGGAGAAGGGUCUAGGGUUAUGUCCGGAUUCUACGGAUAUGGGCGAUGCUGUCGGGCCGAGACUAAUUACGAAUGUUAACGGGUCUACGUUUCCCGACCCGGUCCAAGUAGCGUGUGGGGCUGCCCACACGGUUCUUGUUGGUGAAGGUGGAUUUCAGGUUUGGUCGUGGGGUCGGGGGAGAAACGGGGUUCUGGGAACCGGUAGAACCAUAGACGCUUUCGUUCCGACUUCUGUUCUUUGGCCUCCGUUCGCUGGAGGCCAACCGGUUAUCGAGAACGAGAGAAGGAGAAUCGAGAAGAGCCCGGUUAUCGAAAACGAGAGGAGAACCGAGAAGAGUCCGGAGAUGGACAGGACUUUAGCGACGGUAUUAGAGGAAAGGGAGGUUCUUCGAUCAAAGUUAUCGAUAAUGGGAAGGUAUGCUUCCCUUCUUCACGGGUCGAUAUUUGGGAAACCGUUCGAGGAGAAGGAUAUUCCGGAAUCGUUGUUGCAUAGUUCGGGCACGUUUGAUGUUGCGAAAGAAUGGGAAAACAUGUUGGAAUCAUCGGACGUAGGAAGGUUACAUCGGUUGGAGAUGUUUUAUAGAAAUAUGGUUGAAGGUGUUAAAGAUAAGCGAAUGAAGAAAAGGGUCGAGGAGAUUGUUAAAGAAUGUAUUGCCGGUUCUCGAACCGGGAGACAAUGAAUAGUCGUGUUUUCUUUCCAGUUUGAUGACAAUUUGAUUUGGUCGCAAAAAUAAUCUAUAUUUUACUUGUUUCUAUGUUGUAGUCAAAUUAUAAAAAAUAUUAUUAAGAGAAAAAACAGAUACAAUUAGAAUUUCGAAUUUGCUGUCCCAAUAGAAUUUGUUUGUGUUUAAGAUUUAGAGUUUAUGUUAUAUAUAUAUAUAUAAUUUUUUAAUCAUCA